CGCAGCUAGCUUUGCCGAAGCCGAGAGCAGGAGUGUCGAGUUUGCGUGUUGGGACUCUCAUUUCUUGCCAGCCAGCGACGCAAAUAAUUCCUUCCUUUUGCCGUCCGUUGUUAUUUUUCGAGUCGUUUUGCCUCCCGUUUCGCUAGCGGCAUGAGCCACUGACACUGCGCGAGGCACGCCGUGACAGUCGCUGCUCGACCUUCUCUCUCACCUCCCCUCAGCAAAUCCCUCUUCAGCAGCGGCGGUCCACGCCCUUUUGAUCCCCUCGACUGCUGGCGGCUAGUGUCGGACGCUGCGCUCUAUCACCGGGAUCCCCGCCUUCCCACAGCUGCUUCGAGGCCCUGUGUUCGCGCCACCAUGAUCGCUAUCAGGAGACUGGCCAAGAGAUUUAGCAAGCAGACACUGAGUGAAGUGAAGCCGGCUCCUCUCAGUGAGACAGUGGACCAUACAGUGGAGGAAGAGGCUGGGGAGCCGCCGCUGAAGGCCUUCCAGAAUCCCUCUACUCCUCUCUCUCCUUAUCCUUCCCUGACAUUGUCCAGUCCAGCCUCGUCUGACGAGGACGACGACAGCGAAGAUGAAGACGACAAGAAUAAUAGAAUGGAGAGGAGGGUGGUGUAUGUGCGACGCCGCCAGAGAGUGGCUCCCAGUAGAGGAGACCUGCCUGUUGAGAGAGUGCCCUCAGCUGAGAAGAGAAAGUACAGUCAGUACAAGUGCUCAGUGGAGUGCUCUAGCAGUGCCAGCUCCAGUGACGACGAGGUCAAGGAAGCCUUUGAGAGCUCUGACCACACCUCCUGGUCCCAGCGACCAAUCAGAGUGCCUCCCUCCGGCUGCCGGAAGAGAGUCUCCAAAUACUUUGCACAGAUGGCCUCGACUGGCUCCAUAGAGAGACCUCAACUGGACUUCAAGAAAAUGCAGUCCAAGAGAUUUCUGAUGGUCCACAAGCCUGUAGUAGUUCUCCGCCAUAACUACCAUCCAUGUACAUUCUCCGGGAUGUGCCCACCUCUGGAGCUCUCCCUCGACUUCACCAGCCACUCAUUCCAACCAGUGCCCACCCAGACAUGAUGACCAAACCUAUUUCUAUCACUUAUAAAGACCAGCCCAUCAGCUGAUUGUCACAUGACUUGUUAACCACCUCAUUUCAAAUUUUUAGUCAUCUUGUGCACCUGAUUGUCUCAGUUUUGUGUUGUGUUGCUAUUUGUACAUGGUUCACCUUGCAGGCUCAACAAGUACAGAAGAAUAAAGAUUUACUAAAACGUAAUUGUGUGAAAAUCAAUUGCCUGAAACACAA